AUGCCCGGCACGCACUUACUGCCACCGAACCUGCUCAAGCUCUUUGCCCCGCGCCCGCCGCUGCCAUAUGUGCGACCGCUUGACAGGGACAUCGACCGUGUCAGAAGGAAGGAUGUCGGCGGAGUUGGCCCGCUACUCGCUCGCCUCAGGGAGGACAAGACGCAAGGUAUGAUUGAAUCUGGAGCAAGCGAAGGAAUGGAGGAAGGCGAGGAGCCCGCUUUCACGUAUGCGGAGGAGACCAAGCGACAGAUCCGCAGAGAAGAGAGGAAAGCGAAGAAAACCGAGGAGUUUAAUGUUGCAAAGGAGACUUACAAGCCCGCUGAUGACGCAGAGGCGGUUGGUGACCCAUAUAAAACUCUUUUUAUAGCACGUUUGCACAAAAACGCCUCCGACAGCGAUCUUAGGCGCGAAUUCGAAGGAUUUGGCAGCAUCGAACGAGUGAGAAUCGUCCGUGACAAAAAGGGACGCAGCAGGGGCUAUGCGUUCAUUGUCUUUGAGCGUGAGCGUGACAUGAAAGGUACACUCGUUUAUAACUCUGUAAGGCAUACUAACCCAGCAGCCGUCGUCUGGAUCAUUACCUUUGCGUGGGUCAACCUCCAGCUGCGUACAAGGAGUCCGAUCGACUGCAAAUCAUGGGCAAGCGAGUGCUGGUAG